UACAAAAUGAUUCUGAGACUUCCAAAAUGACAUGAAUUCUGAAUUCUGACAGUCAUCUAAAUAUUGCAGAGGAUAUUUUGCAAAUGAAAAGGUGUUUUGAUAAUAUUUAGUAUGACUAUUUAUUGUAUUGUGUGCAAAAAAGAACCAAUUCCUGGAGACAAAAGUCGCAGUUUUCAUAAGUUUCCUGAUGAUACUGUUUUGAAACAACAGUGGUUGACAGCAAUUGGAAAAUUUUCAAAGACUAAGCACACAAAACUUUGCAGUGAUCAUUUUGACAACAAUGCAUUUGUUCGCUCUAGUGGAUACACACAGAAAAGACGGCUAUUGCCAACUGCAGUUCCUUGCAAAUUAGUCAAUAGAAAUAAAGUUGUAGUUGAUAGUGAAAAUAUUAGUAGCAAAGUGAUUGCAAAAGACCAUACGCAAUUUAAUUCAGAAAAUGAAUUUUGUACAAAAAGUGAUAAUGUCGAUGAAACUGAUUUGUUUUCCCCAAGUCAUAAUGAUGUAUCUAAAAAGAUAAAAAAUGCAUUUGUUGAAAAUGAGCAACAAUUUUGUAAACCAGCGAGUCAUUUGCCUGUGCCAGUGGAUUUAGAUAUUGAAACUGCUUUUUCUAAUGAGAAAUCUGUCACCGAGACAACAGAAGAUCUUUCCUCCCAUAGGAGUCUGGAAUACACUGAUAAAACAAAUAUGUCGCCUAAUAAAAGAAUGUGUUUUUCUAAGCAUUCUAAAGUUAACUCAAGUUUUGCAAACAAUGAGGUAGAGUCUAAUCAUGCAGCUUUGAAAAGAAACCAGUCGUCAUUCAUUGAUGUCUCAAAUAUUCCUCCUACUAAAAAGGUUCGAUUUUAUGAUGGAUCGCAGCCUCUGCAUCUGUCCAGACAAGAUUUUAUAUCACAUGAAGCAUGGACACGAUUUUUAAAAUUCUAUAUUUCUAAAAAUAGACAAUUAGAGUCAUGUCGUAAGAAAGAUGCAAGAAAAAAUCGUAGUAUUGGAAAUAUUAAGGAACUCGUAAUGAAAUUACAAAAAGGCAAUUCCAAUCAGCGUAUAAAAAAUACAAUGUCAGAUAUUAAUGAUGUUAUCGUUGAUGAAUCAAAUGAAAAAGAUAAGAAUACAAUAAAACGAGACGAGAGAAAAAAAAGAGUAUCCGCAAAAAUUAAAAUUAAGAAAAUGAAAUCUUUCAAUGUAGAUUAUUAUUUACAAUCAAAUUUUAACCUAACUGAACAUGAUUAUUCCAAAAAGGACUCGUGAGUAUUUAAACGACAUAAUUAAAUAUACAGCAGAAGCUGUAGUUUACUUCAUCAUAACCAAAGUACAUCGCGAAAAUUGUAAUUAUGUGCCACUAAUCAAACCUUCGUCUAAAUCAAAACUAUCAGUAUUGAAAAACAGUGGUGGUUUAUUAUAUGUUUCAGACGAUGUUAUUUUCAUUUGUCACUUAACAGAAAAAAUAAUAAAACAAAAUAAAAAUACUCUAUUUUCUUCGAAUAUUAAUUUCAAGUUAGUUAAACAAGUUAAAUUAAAUCAAGUUAAGUUACAGAAACAUUAAAAAUAUUAUCUCCUUAUGAAUUUGACGAUAAGAAACAUUUUUUAGAACAAGAACCGUUAUAUGAUCACCGCCAACAAUUAAUUUAUAUGGUUAUCCAAAAUUACGUUUAUAAGCGCUUGAAACAUGAAGGUGACAAAGUGAACGAUCUAAAAAGUAGGAUAAGAAUGUUUUACAAUAAAUUAAUUAUUUUCAACGGUCAAUAAUGAUCUUGAUGCCAAAUGAAUUACCUGCUUUACAUUGUUACUAGUAAUUUAUGCUAUUUGACCAAUCUA